UUGACCACCUAACAGCCACGAUGACAAUGAUGCCUGCACUGCUCACUACAGCCGUGUUACUCACACUGCUUUCUUGGACUUUGACAGAAAACAGUGAACUGCUUCCCAUUGAUAUAGUCGUGAAGAACAGCUUACAAAACAAAGUUCCACUGACCUACACAACUCAAGUGGCUUACAGAGGGAUCCUGCUGGGUGCAAUGAAGAGACUUAUGGACUCCGAUGCAGGCUUUAAAUUCACUUACUCUGAGAAUCUAAACUACGGCCCUUAUCUGGAGAGUGUAAAUGGUGUGGCUGGAAACAAUGAAGACCAUACCUACUGGGAGCUGUUGGCCAAAAACUCAAAUGGUGAAUUUGAAAGAACCGAUGUUGGUAUUGGUUGUUACAUUCCCAGUCCAUAUCAGCAAAUUAUCCUGAACUUUACAAAGUGGUAAAUUUUCAUCAGUCAGUAUGCAACAAAAUGGCAUGACAGACAAUUCUGG